AUGCCGCUGACUGCUCGGCAAAGAAGUAUAUACAAUAAAAAUGGUGCAAAGAGAGCCGCCAGUUUCAAAGGGAAACGAAAAGGCAGUGAGGGAGAGUUCCUGGUGACGAAUGCUCCAUCUGAUCUUCGAAGUAUAGCAUAUCCUGGAGGUGCUGUAGCUUUAGCCCUGCUGUUGACUGCGCGACUGCUGUCUGCGUAUUACGGGCAGAUCUCAGAUUGUGAUGAGACUUAUAAUUAUUGGGAACCAUUGCAUUAUUUAGUGUACGGCAGCGGUCUUCAAACAUGGGAGUACAGUCCAGCAUACGCGAUCCGCUCGUACUCUCCGUUAUGGCUGUUCGCGAUGCCAGCAAAACUGCUGUCCACCAUGAUGAGCCCAGUCGCAGUGUUUUAUGCAUUAAGGACUCUGCUAGCUAUACUCACUGCGUGCGCUGAGCUUAUGUUCUACAAAGCGGUGUGCCACGAGUUCGGCGUUCACGUAGGCCGCGUAUGGCUCUGCCUCACGCUCCCCGCGGCCGGCAUGUUCGGCAGCAGCGGCGCCAUGCUGCCGUCCGCGUGGAGCGCCGCCCUGUGUGCCGCCGCGUCGUCGUGCUGGUGGCGCCGCCGCUACCCGCCCGCUGUGCUACUGACCGCUGCCACUGCGCUGCUCAGUUGGCCGUUUACAGCCCUCCUAGGAUUACCCAUCGCAAUAGACAUGCUGCUGAUCAAACGGCAAAUCGUGGAGUUCUUCAAAUGGUCUCUGAUCUCUUUGGCUCUGAUUUUGGUGCCUACGGUGGCGCUGGACUCUUGGCAUUAUGGAAAACUUGUGAUAGCACCGUGGAAUAUCGUGGCUUACAAUAUAUUUACGGAGCACGGACCCGAUUUGUACGGAGUGGAGCCGUGGACCUAUUACUUCGUCAAUGGGUUCUUAAACUUCAACAUCGUUUGGGUUCUUGCAUUAUCCAGUCCCAUAUUACUAUUGGCUUGCACAGCGAUAACGUCUCGUUCCACCGCACGCGCGCCAUUCUGUGCCCCGUACUGGUUAGAUCUAAUGCCGUUAGCGCUGUGGCUAGCUGUAUUCAUGAUUCAACCGCAUAAGGAAGAGAGAUUCCUAUACCCAGCUUAUAGUCUGAUUAUACUUGCGGGCGCCAUAGCGUUGGAUUGCUUACAGAAGAUGACUUUCGCAGUGGGUACCGAACUAUUCCGAUGGAGGAAGGAGAGAGAGAGACGGCACUAUCUGGCCUAUACUGGCCCGCUUAUGGUCAUGUGUGUGGUGUUAGCUGGAGUUCUGGGCAUAUCCCGUAUAACUGCUCUAUACAACAACUACAACGGACCAAUGAGAUUGCUUCGUUCCCUCCCACCGCCGGAGUCCGAUCGUCUAACCGUAUGUUUCGGCAAGGACUGGUAUAGAUCGCCUUCUAGCUUCCACCUGCCCGAAGGUUAUGAAGUGAGAUUUGUGCCCAGCGAGUUUCAAGGGCAACUGCCUGCGCCUUACGCCAAUACUAGGAAUGCAACUCGCAUGAUACAUCCGUACUUCAACGAUAUGAACAAAGGCGACAAUCGUACAUACUUAAAGCCUUCGCAAUGCCAUUAUCUCGUCGAUUCCGAUAUCGGUAAACCAUCACGCGCUCAACCGGAGUACCACAAGGGUCCAAACUGGGACAUAGUCUCUUCUGUCCCUAUAUUAGACGCGGAGAAAUCACACAGAAUCCUGAGGGCUUUCUACAUACCCGUGUUAUCUAACAAAAACUGUGUCUUCGCCAACUUGUAUUUGUUGAAAAAUAAACUAUUAAGUGAUUAA